CCGGAGGAGGGUCGGCAUUGGUAGUGCCCUGGGAGCCCGACUUGAGCUCUGGAGAUACAAGUUACAUGCUCGGGGUGGUUUCUGAUUUCCUGUAACCUCUUCUUGCCUCGCGCUGCCCAGGUCUUGGCGGCUGAGGCUGGCCUACCUCCCAGUCGUUCCUUCAUGGGCUUUGCUGCCCCCUUCACCAACAAGCGGAAGGCUUACUCGGAGCGUAGGAUCAUGGGGUACUCAAUGCAGGAGAUGUAUGAGGUUGUGUCCAAUGUCCAGGAGUACCGAGAGUUUGUGCCGUGGUGUAAAAAGUCACUGGUAGUAUCCAGCCGUAAGGGUCACCUGAAAGCCCAGUUGGAGGUUGGGUUUCCACCUGUCUUGGAACGUUAUACCUCUGCGGUCUCCAUGGUCAAACCACACAUGGUCAAGGCGGUUUGCACUGAUGGCAAGCUCUUUAACCACUUAGAGACUAUUUGGAGAUUCAGCCCUGGUAUUCCUGCCUACCCUCGAACCUGCACUGUGGACUUCUCGAUUUCCUUUGAAUUUCGUUCUCUGCUGCACUCCCAGCUGGCGACCAUGUUUUUUGAUGAGGUUGUCAAACAGAAUGUUGCUGCCUUUGAGCGCCGGGCGGCCACUAAGUUUGGUCCAGAAACAGCCAUCCCCCGUGAAUUGAUGUUCCAUGAGGUGCACCAGACUUGAGACAAAGGAUUGUUCCCUUGCCUCCACCCCCUCUUCCCACCCAAUUUUUAUUUAUUUGUUUUGGCUCUUGCUCAGAGAGAGGUCUAAGUUUCACCUCUCGAUUCUUCCUAAACUGGGCUGCAUGCUGGCUGGACAUGUGGGGAAGAUAGCACAUAUGGAAGUGAGAUACACAGCAAAGAAUGCCUUGUGCCCACGGCUGUUUCACACCGAAUAAACCCAGAGCUGUAGUCUCUGGACCAGGUCAGGCGGAUAGAGUAGUAACUUCCUCACACAGAGGUACUGGCUGGCAAGUAACUUUGACCCCCGCUAAGAUUUCUCAGGAGAAGCGAAAGGCAACCUGCCUCAGCUUAGGAACGUGUCCAUGCUGUCUGACGGGUAGAAAGUGAGGAGCUGCUUCACACCAGUGCCACAGAGCAGAGGAAGAAUUCCUCAAACAGUGUUGGGAUGUACCUUUUUCUUCCACGUGGCCUGAGUUUUUAUAAAACUUCAAUAAAUUGUGACAGUGUGAA